ACCAGCACCACCUCCUCCUGCUCGCUGCCUCGCGUGCGCCCCGUCGACGACACCGCUCCUUCGACACACAGCAGUAGCAGCUGGCACCUUCGCCCAGCCGCACAGCAUCCCGCUGCGCGGUGCCCGCCCACCGCACGGCCCGUGUCGCGCCGCCUGCUGCCCUUGCUCUGCCCCGGCCUGCUUCCGCUGCCGGCCUGUGCUGUGACUGCCGCUUGUGCGCCACGCCAGUCGCCGACCGUCUUGGGUCUCAACUGUGCCGCGUGCUGCAGCGUCGUCUCUGCCUCUCUGCCGGUGCCGCGGCUGCUCGCGUGAACCCUCGUGCGCCGCGUUCGUGAUGGCGUCGAUCCGCAAGAAGCGCAACUUUAAGGGCCUGGCGCUGGCCGAGUCGCCGCUCUCCACGCCCUCGCCGCAGAGCACGGCGGGUGCUGCUUCGGGCCGCGCAUCGGGCUCGGCGCUGCCCUCGGCCCUUGCGUCGGGCUCGUCGGCGUCGCUGGCGCUGCGCGGCGGCGCCGGCUCGGCCAUCGACCCGGCGAGCGGCGCCAACUACCACAACAAGCUGUCCGAGCAGCUGGCCAACCUCGAGCUCGGCAUCGAGUACAAGCUCGAUCUAAAGAAUGAGGACCUCAAGCACCUGAGCGAGCUCGGCAGCGGCAACAGCGGCACGGUGACCAAGGUGCUGCACGAGAAGAGCGCCACCACCAUGGCCAAGAAGGUCGUCUUCAUCGACGCCAAGCCCACGGUGCGCAAGCAAAUAUUGCGCGAGCUGCAGAUCCUGCACGAGUGCAACUCAAAAUACAUCGUGUCCUUCUACGGCGCCUACAUCUCCGAGCCGCACAUCUGCAUGUGCAUGGAGUUCAUGGACAAGGGGUCGCUCGACAAUAUCUACAAGAAGUGGGGCCCGGUGCCGGUCGACGUCGUCGGCAGGAUCGUGGUCGUUGUCGUGCAAGGCCUCACAUAUCUGUACGACGUGCACCGCAUCAUCCAUCGCGACGUCAAGCCGAGCAACAUUCUGGUCAACGGGCAAGGGCAGAUCAAGAUCUGCGACUUUGGCGUGUCGGGCGAGCUCAUCAACUCCAUCGCGGACACGUUCGUGGGCACCAGCACGUACAUGAGUCCCGAACGGAUCCAGGGCGAUCAGUACAGCGUCAAGUCGGACGUGUGGUCGCUCGGCAUCUCGGUCAUCGAGCUGGUGCUGGGGCGCUUCCCCUUUGCCGAGGCUUCAGAAUCGGACGACGAGGUGCCGGAGGAGCUGCGGGGCACGCUCUCGCCCACAAAUCCUUCACGGCGAGCGGGCCAGGGCGGAGCGCGGGCCGGUGUCUCGCUGGAGGGCACGGGGGCACAGAUGAGCAUCCUCGAUCUGUUGCAGCACAUCGUCAACGAGCCGCCGCCCCGCCUGCCGGCCGACGGCGGCUUCCCGCACAGCCUCGAGACGUUCGUCGACACGUGUCUGCUGAAGGACCCGGUCCUCCGUCCGAGUCCGAAGGACCUCACGACACAUCCGUUCGUCGUCGAAUCCGAGCGAGACAAGGUGGACCUCAAGGCGUGGGUGCAGACGCUCGUGUAG